CAUCCUAUACACUCUCAAACACCCGCCUGCGUGGUGCAAUACACACAUUUCAAAUUCUGCAAGGCCAUUCAAAUCCUCAAACCCACACCCACUAGGCACUAGCAUGCCUGAGACCUCAAUUUUCCGUUUACAAUUUUUGGUGUAGAAGGUGGCAGUCUUGUUCUCAGACCCUGCGCUACUCCUUUCCUGAACGGGCUAAGACCAAAACACUAGGGUUAUUGGAUUCAGUCCCGAGAAUGGGAGACGGCCUUAAUAUUUUUGAGGUGAAUAAACUUAUCUUCUGGAGCAACGACCUCAUUCAGGUAUUCAAGAAUGGGGAAGAUGUCAAUACGUUGGAGCAACUAUCAGAGCACUCCCAUUUCCUUCAAUCGCAGUGUAAUGCUGAUUUUAACGACGCUCAGAGGUCCAUCGAGGCUUAUGAAAAGAAGCUAGUUGCGUGCAAACAAAAAACUGUGGAAGCAAUUUCUGAAGCAUCAAGUGAUGUUGAAGUAGAACCACUGCAGAAAGAGCUUGAAGAGGAGCUUCAAAGAAAAAGCACGUUGAUAGAAGAGCUGAGAGCUCUGUCUGAGGAAAUAAAUGAUUUAGAAUGUCAAAGAGGCUCCAUUGAGGACCGAAGGAAAUGCCUUAAACAGCUUGAGCGAGAUUUCUCUAGAGCAGAGAUGAAGUUAUCAUUGUUGGCCUCAGUUACAAACAUUGUUCCAAGCUUGGAUGAUCAGUCAAAAAUAUCUGGCUGUAUCCUUAUUGAAAAUUUGAAGAAUGGAGUAUAUUUUUAUUCUUAUUUUCCUUUCUUGCCUUGUUUCAUAGUCCUUCACUCGGCAUAGAUAUUGUCAAGAGGGAUAAGUUGUUAGACAAUUUUGACUUUGAUCCUAAAAAGAUGUCUGAGUUUGAAAUCUGUAACCACAUUUGGAAGAUCAUAAGCUCCUGACACAGUGACACAGCAACAGGGAAACAUCAUGUUCGAGAAAAAAUGUUUGAAGAGUUUCCAAAUGCAAGAACAAUAUGUCUCGAAAGCUUCACGUAUCACAGCAUUGUACUUUCUUGAGCAUAGUUUUAUGUCACGGUGUGGCAAAGCAUCUUUAAAUUGCCACAGCAAUUCUAUUUUUUAUUGUGACUACCUGUUGUACUAAUGCAAUGUCACUUAUGGUUGUCCCUUUUUUAUCCUCUUAGAAGUACAUGUUUCUCUGAAUUCGAAAUAAUAUUGAAUAUAGUUUUGUAGUUUGUCCUUUUCAAUUCUUGAAUAACUUUAUCUCUAAAAAUUUGUUGAAAUUCACAGUUAUACCAUGAACCAUUUAAUUGGGUUUGUUUGUACCCCAUGCAUUGUGGUUGAAUUGUAUUCGAUUCUACCAUUUUCUAAU